UAGCUAUUAUCCUAAUAGUUUUAUUCUUUCAGUUCUAUUACGAUCACUGGUGAAAUGAAAUAGUAGCAACAAAUGUUCUAGUGUGAGUUGUUAGGAGUAGCGCCGAGCGGCUGGGCGACGCGAUGGUGCCUGAGAUAGAGUGGCGCUACAACAUGCGCCGCCACAUGCAGGAGGUCUACCCGGGCCUCUAUUUGGGUCCCCUCAGCGCCGUGUGUGAGGCCAAGCUGCCGGAGCUGGAGACGGCCGGCAUUACGCACGUUCUGUGCGUGCGCUCAGACGUAGAGGCCAGCGUCAUGCGACCAAAGUUCCCACAGCUUUUUACGUACAUGGAGGUAGAGAUGACGGAGAGCACGCCUCUCUCUUCAGUGUUGCCGCAGAGCCUCGCCUUCAUAUCGAGUUGUCGGGAAGGUGAAGGCCGGUGUUUGGUGCAGGGCUUCUCUGGCGCCUGCCGCAGCGCUGCCAUCGCCGUUGCCUUCAUCAUGUUUGACAUGCACAUCCCAGCCGUAGAGGCGGUGCAGAAGGUCGCUGCUCAUAGGUUCUGCCUGACGAUCACGCCCGAGCUGCUGGAGCAGCUACGUCAGUACGACGCUGAAGUGACCUCAGCACAACGAGCGCGUCCGUAAACGGUAUAUUUUCCAUUAGAUGACGCCAAGUGAUGAUGAUCCUCCAGCGAAAAAGGCGCGCAUAUGACGUUCUCUACCUCAAUUCAUUCUCCAUCCCUGCAAACUCGUCAUCAAAUACUGUAAUAAUGUAUACGAAGAAGUUGUGUGCUAGUGUGUCACGUUCUUUUCGUAUCAGCAUCUGUAGAAGGGUUUUCAUUGAUCAUUGGUCUCUCGAUGAUUAACUUCCCAAAACGAUUGUAGCAGAAAAUAGUGAUGAUGAAUUAACUAAUAGGAACUGAACUCUAUUUCGUUUGCAUAACCGAGCUAUUUUAUCGAACAUUUUCUCGCGUGUAUCUGUUGAAAUUUAGCUGUUCAUCAGUUUGACACGACGGCCACCACAUGACAAAUUAUAACAAUUGUGGUGUGUAUAUAUUUUGUUGAUUGAAAUGUAGGUUGUUUUGUUGCAUGUUGAGGACACCACUGAUGCUGUGCGUAGAUAUUGGGACAUUCUAAAGAUUAGGACCUAUUUUAUAAGUAUAAAAGACCUUGCCAAUAGCAUGCAUAAAAAAUGAAUUGCAUAAUACUGUGGAAUUUGUGAAGCAAUAUGCCCGAAUUCAUACGUGAUUCAGGUCCGUAUGAAAUUUUUAAUAGUACAUUAAUUUAGUGUAAAAAAGUAGUCCGGCCAUCGUAUGGUGCGACACCCUCAUGAAACCAAGUUAUUUAGAAUAUAUUUUUGUAAAGUGCGUUACGAUGAAAGAAUAAAAAAAA